CACAAGGGGUGUGCGCGUGCACUGGAAACUACCACGCCCUUUGCCAGUUAGUUCUUGGUAUCAAGGGUAGCUGUUUUCCAGGGAAAGGUCAGCACUCGCCGUUUCCGCUGCGGUGUUAGGUGAAACCGGGUCUGCAGUACGCCGAACCUCAACGAGCCACAGAGGAAGGCUGUAAACCCCGAGACCCACACUACAAAAGUGCACGCCGGGCAAGAGGAAGACCUCCAGAAGCUCCCCGCGCAGCGCGGCUGUGUUUGCGGCCUGUGCGAGUAGGCGCUUCGGAACCAGACUCCCGGCGAGCGGCGCGCAGAGACCUCGAACCGGUGGAGCCCGCUGGUAACCUGGAGCCCGGAACACCGCGAAGACCGCACCGUUUCCUCAGCGGCGGACCGCUGCAGUAAGAAUGUCUUUUCCCCCACAUUUGAAUCGCCCUCCUAUGGGAAUCCCAGCACUUCCACCAGGGAUCCCACCCCCACAGUUUCCUGGUUUUCCUCCACCUGUACCUCCAGGGACCCCAAUGAUUCCUGUACCAAUGAGCAUUAUGGCUCCUGCUCCAACUGUUUUAGUACCUACUGUGUCCAUGGUCGGAAAGCAUUUGGGAGCAAGAAAGGAUCACCCAGGCUUAAAGGCUAAAGAAAAUGAUGAAAAUUGUGGUCCCACUACUACAGUUUUUGUCGGCAACAUUUCUGAGAAAGCCUCAGACAUGCUUAUAAGACAGCUCCUUGCGAAAUGUGGCUUGGUUUUGAGCUGGAAGAGAGUACAAGGUGCAUCUGGAAAACUUCAAGCCUUUGGCUUCUGUGAGUAUAAGGAACCUGAGUCUACCCUCCGUGCACUCAGGUUAUUGCAUGACCUGCAGAUUGGAGAAAAGAAGCUCCUUGUUAAAGUUGAUGCAAAGACAAAGGCACAACUAGAUGAAUGGAAAGCAAAGAAGAAAGCUUCUAAUGGGACUGCUAGGCCAGAAACUGUCACUAAUGAUGAUGAAGAAGCCUUAGAUGAAGAAACAAAGAGAAGAGAUCAGAUGAUCAAAGGGGCCAUUGAAGUUUUAAUACGAGAAUACUCCAGUGAGCUCAAUGCCCCCUCACAGGAAUCUGACUCUCACCCCAGGAAGAAGAAGAAGGAGAAGAAGGAGGACAUUUUCCGCAGAUUUCCAGUGGCCCCACUGAUCCCCUACCCACUCAUCACUAAGGAGGAUAUAAAUGCUAUAGAAAUGGAAGAAGACAAAAGAGACCUGAUAUCCAGAGAGAUCAGCAAAUUCAGAGACACACACAAGAAACUGGAAGAAGAGAAAGGCAAAAAGGAGAAAGAAAGACAGGAAAUUGAGAAAGAACGGAGAGAAAGAGAGAGGGAGCGUGAAAGGGAACGAGAAAGGCGAGAACGGGAACGAGAAAGGGAAAGAGAACGUGAACGAGAAAAAGAGAAGGAACGGGAGCGGGAACGAGAACGAGAUAGGGAUCGUGACCGGACAAAAGAGAGAGACCGGGACCGGGACCGUGAGAGAGAUCGAGACCGCGAUCGGGAAAGGAGCUCGGAUCGGAACAAGGAUCGGAGUCGAUCAAGAGAAAAGAGCAGAGAUCGUGAAAGGGAACGGGAGCGAGAAAGAGAAAGAGAGAGAGAACGGGAACGAGAAAGAGAACGAGAGCGAGAGAGAGAACGAGAAAGAGAACGGGAACGAGAGAGAGAGAAAGACAAGAAGCGUGACCGAGAAGAGGAUGAAGAAGAUGCUUAUGAACGAAGAAAACUUGAAAGAAAACUCCGAGAGAAAGAAGCUGCUUACCAAGAGCGCCUUAAGAAUUGGGAAAUCAGAGAACGGAAGAAAACUCGGGAGUAUGAGAAAGAGGCUGAAAGAGAAGAAGAAAGAAGAAGAGAAAUGGCAAAAGAAGCUAAAAGACUGAAAGAAUUCUUAGAAGAUUAUGAUGAUGAUAGAGAUGAUCCCAAAUAUUACAGAGGAAGCGCUCUUCAGAAAAGGUUGCGUGAUAGGGAAAAGGAAAUGGAAGCAGAUGAACGGGAUAGGAAGAGAGAGAAGGAAGAGCUAGAGGAAAUCAGGCAGCGCCUUCUGGCUGAAGGGCAUCCGGAUCCAGAUGCAGAGCUCCAGAGGAUGGAACAAGAGGCUGAAAGGCGCAGACAGCCACAAAUAAAGCAAGAACCUGAAUCAGAGGAAGAAGAAGAAGAAAAGCAAGAAAAAGAAGAAAAACGAGAGGAACCCAUGGAAGAGGAAGAAGAGCCAGAGCAAAAGCCCUGUCUCAAACCAACUCUGAGGCCCAUCAGUUCUGCCCCAUCCGUUUCCUCUGCCAGUGGCAAUGCAACCCCCAACACUCCUGGGGAUGAGUCUCCAUGUGGUAUUAUUAUUCCUCAUGAAAAUUCUCCAGAUCAACAACAGCCUGAGGAACAUAGGCCAAAAAUAGGACUAAGUCUUAAACUGGGUGCUUCCAAUAGUCCUGGUCAGCCUAAUUCUGUGAAGAGAAAGAAACUCCCCGUAGAUAGUGUCUUUAACAAAUUUGAGGACGAAGACAGUGAUGAUGUACCCCGAAAAAGGAAACUGGUUCCCUUGGAUUAUGGUGAAGAUGAUAAAAAUGCUGCCAAAGGCACCGUAAACACUGAAGAAAAGCGUAAACACAUUAAGAGUCUCAUUGAGAAAAUUCCUACAGCCAAACCUGAGCUCUUCGCUUAUCCCCUGGAUUGGUCUAUUGUGGAUUCUAUAUUGAUGGAACGACGGAUUAGACCAUGGAUUAAUAAGAAAAUUAUAGAAUACAUAGGUGAAGAAGAAGCUACAUUAGUUGAUUUUGUUUGUUCUAAGGUUAUGGCUCAUAGUUCACCUCAGAGCAUUUUAGAUGACGUUGCCAUGGUACUUGAUGAAGAAGCAGAAGUUUUUAUAGUCAAAAUGUGGAGAUUAUUGAUAUAUGAAACAGAAGCCAAGAAAAUUGGUCUUGUGAAGUAAAACUCUUUUUACAUUUAGAGUUCCGUUUCAGAUUUCUUCUUCUUUCCCACCCUUCAGAGGACUUUGGCUUUUUCUUUGUCUUCAAAGACAUUUGUGAGAUCUGUAAUUUUUUUUUUUUUUUUUAAUGUAGAAAAUGUGAAUUUUUUUGUCCUCUAAUUUGUUGAUGCCCUGUGUACUCCCUUGGUUGUAAAGACAUCUGAAUCCUGCCUUGGUUUUCUUUAUACUCACCAGGUACAAAUUACUGGUAUGUUUUAUAAGCCGCAGCUACUGUACACAGCCUAUCUGAUAUAAUCUUGUUCUGCUGAUUUAUUUCUUGUAAAUAUUAAAAUGACUCCCCAAUUCUUUUGCA